AUGUCCUACUUCUUCUCCACCCCGGUCGACAUCGACAUCGUCCUCGAGGACCUGGACGACCGCUCUGCCGUCGACGUCAAGCUCGAUAAGAAUCGCAAAGAGAAGGUGCCAUUGUACCUCGAUGGCGAGUCUGUCAAGGGACAGGUCACAGUCAGGCCCAAGGAUGGAAAGCGUUUGGAGCACACAGGCAUCAAAGUGCAGUUUAUUGGGACAAUUGAGAUGUUCUUCGAUCGCGGAAACCACCAUGAAUUCCUUUCCCUCGGCCAGGAGCUUGCAGCGCCGGGCGAGCUCCAACAUCCUCAGACUUUCGACUUCAACUUCAAGAACGUCGAGAAGCAAUACGAGUCAUAUAAUGGCAUCAAUGUGAAGCUGCGGUACUUUGUUCGCGUGACAGUAUCGCGCCGAAUGGCGGAUGUGAUCAGGGAGAAGGACCUGUGGGUGUACUCUUACCGGAUACCGCCUGAGACGAACAGCUCCAUCAAGAUGGACGUUGGUAUUGAGGACUGUCUGCACAUUGAGUUUGAAUACUCCAAGUCGAAAUACCACCUGAAGGAUGUCAUCGUUGGCAGGAUAUACUUCCUUCUGGUGCGGUUAAAGAUCAAACACAUGGAGUUGUCGAUCAUAAGGCGAGAAACAACAGGGGCAGCACCAAACCAGUACAACGAGAGCGAGACACUAGUCCGAUUCGAGAUCAUGGAUGGUUCACCAUCAAGAGGAGAGACAAUCCCAAUCAGGCUGUUCCUCGGCGGUUUCGACCUCACGCCCACUUUCCGAGAGGUCAACAAGAAGUACUCAACUCGAUACUAUUUGAGCUUAGUGCUCAUCGACGAAGAUGCUCGAAGAUAUUUUAAGCAGUCUGAGAUCGUACUGUUCAGGCAAGCGCCGGAAGGCUUGACGUUGGCGCAAGAGCAGAACAAGCUGAUGGCAGUACCUUGA